AUGAAAAAAAUCGAAAAAGAAUCCGACAUGAUAAUCACCUUCUCCAAACGAAAGUCAGGAAUUUUUAAGAAAGUACAUGAACUUAUCACAUUAACUGGCAAUAAGGUGGGAUUUUUGGUCUUUUCUCCUGCAGGAAAACCCUUCAGUUUUGGUCAUCCAUCAUUCAAUGAUAUUGUACUCCGAUACCUGGGCCAACAAACGGAACCCCAAUUACAAUCCUACAAUGGAGAGAUGUUUAUGCAAGCUAGGAUCCAGGAGCUGAACGAGACACAUAACUCGCUACUCGACUUGAUGGAAGAGCAAAACCAGAAAGAUGCGACGUUCAGGCGAAAUCUUGAGGGUAAGCCACUAAAUAACUGGUGGAACAAAGGUGUGGAAGAGAUACAGGUGGGCGAACUUUCAGAUCUUGAAUAUGCCUACUCAGAUCUGUUGGCGAGGGUGGAGAAGAGGAGAAUGGAAAUAGUGAACCUUGGAAAUUAUAUGACUAGUCUUAAUGUCAAUAUGAAUGGUUGUUUCAAUGCUUCCUCUGCUUUUGCUAUGCACCCUUACCAUCACAUAGUGAACAUGGGAUCGAUAGCAACGUCGCCUGUUCAGAGGGUGGAUCAACGACUCAACAUGAUGCCAACGAUGAUGACAACAACGUCUAAUUAUUCGAUAGUUGGUCAAAUGGAUGGUGGAAUCAAUAAUGCACUAGAUCAUCCAUCAUCCUCAUUCGAAGUUCUUCAUUCCAAUGUAUUUGGCUAUGGUCCCAAACCGCUUUAG